CACACAACCAGGAUGUCACUCCCCCUCUCUCUGUCACAGUUUCUGAGGAACGAAACUUAACUCUGUUAGUGUGAGCAGUACAAUAGCAGAGGCCAGUAUCUAUGUGGAACUGCUCAGAACCAGGAAGUAUCUCCUGCUCUUUCUCACACGGAUUCAGAUAAACUACACUACAUUCUGAACUAAAACUGAUGUCCAUUUGAGAUGUAAAAUGGCACAGGCUGCAGGCAAUCUGGACCAGGACCAUUUGAGCUGUGCGUUCUGUCUGGAUCUACUGAAGAAUCCAGUGACUAUUCCCUGUGGGCACAGUUACUGUAUGGGCUGUAUUAAGGGCUACUGGGAUCAGGAUGAUAAUGCUGGUGUCUACUGCUGUCCUCAGUGCAGAGAAAUCUUCACCCCAAGGCCUGUUUUAAGAAAAAACACCAUGCUGGCUGAAGUGAUGGAGAAACUGAAGAAGACAGGACUCCAAGUUGCUCCUCCUGCUCACUGUUACACUAAACCAGGAUAUGUGACAUGUGAUGUCUGCACUGGGAGAAAGCGCAAAGCCAUCAAGUCCUGUCUGAUGUGUCUGACCUCAUACUGUGAAACUCACCUCCAGCCUCACUAUAAAUUUCCUUCCUUUAAGAAGCAUAAACUGGUCAAAGCCACUGGAAACCUGCAGGAGAAGAACUGUACUCGUGAUGACAAACUGCUAUUGGUUUACUGCUGUACCGAUCAGCAGUGUAUCUGUUAUCUGUGUGUGAUGGAUGAACACAGCGGCCAUGCUACAGUCUCAACUGCAGCAAAAACAACAGUGAAACAGCGCUCUGCACAGGCAGCAGUGGAGCACUCACCGACUAGCGCCCCUGUGAUCCUGUUUUUGUGGAACUGUGGACCAAAUCACAGAAAUGGAUAUCGCAGAUUUUGCACGGGCUCAACUAUUACUAUCUGUGUAUUUCUUUUUUCUUUUCUUCUCUUUUUUUGUUUCCUCAAAUAGUUUCCAACACACUUUCUGCGUGCCCUUAAAACUUAUUAAAAAGCGUAUGUGCUGGGAACAUUGCACCAGGGUGGCAGUGUAGUAUAAUGGGUCAGGAACUGGUCUUAUAAUGUAAAACUCACAGGUUCGAUUCCCGGGUAGGACACUGCUGUUGUCCCUUGAGCAAGGUACUUAAACUGCAU